AUGGCGAAUAGUUUGCCUAUGGUAUGUUGCUGCAUUUAUUGGUACAGGGGUUUGGCAUUAGCAGCAACCUCAAAGACAACUGACCCUAUAACACCUGUAGAAGAUUUACAAAAAACUCCAAACUCCAUGCGACAAAUGGAAUUACUUGUGCUACGAAUACAAGGGGAAUUUGUUAAAGCAUUGGAAAAUGAGGAAAAUUUUGAUUCCAAAUUUCUGAUUGAUAGAUGGAAUAGGCAAGAUGGUAAAGGGGGUGGAAUUACUUGUGUUUUACAGGAUGGAGAUGUGUUUGAAAAAGCAGGAGUGAAUAUUACAGUAAUGACUGGUGAACUAAAACCCCAGGCCAUUCAACAAAUGAAAAGUCGUGGAAAGCAAUUCAAAAAUGAAGGUGGACCACUAGAAUUCUUUGCGGCAGGUGUUAGUGCAGUAAUUCAUCCCAAAAAUCCUCAUGUACCUACUGUACACUUUAAUUAUCGAUAUUUUGAAGUUAAGGAUUCAGACAAUAAACUUCAUUGGUGGUUUGGCGGAGGAACUGAUCUCACACCCUAUUACUUAUAUGAAGAGGAUGCAAUGCAUUUUCACAGAACUUUGAAAAAUGCUUGUGAUCUUCAUGAUCCAGCAUAUUACCCAAAAUUUAAGAAGUGGUGUGAUGAUUAUUUUAUUAUACCGCAUCGUGAUGAACGAAGAGGAAUAGGUGGAAUAUUUUUUGAUGAUUUGGAUUCACCAUCUGCUGAUGAGGCAUUCGAUUUUAUAUCAACAUGCGCUGAUUCCGUAAUACCAUCAUUUUUACCAAUAGUCAAAAAAAGAAAAAAUGUUAACUACAGCUAUAGAGAACGUCAGUGGCAGCAGGUCAGACGUGGUAGAUAUGUGGAAUUUAACCUAAUGUAUGACCGAGGCACUAAAUUUGGUCUUUAUACACCUGGAGCUCGUUAUGAGAGUAUCUUAAUGUCUCUUCCUCUGAAUGCGCGAUGGGAAUAUAUGCACAAAGUACCAGCUGGAUCAAAAGAGGAACAACUAUUAAAAGUAUUAAAAGAACCUUAUGAUUGGGUAUCAUAUAAAGUGAAAGAAAAGUAA